UCCCCGCUCCGCCGCCAGUCGCCAGGACGAGUUGCUAAGGAAACGGCUGCGUGGCAACGGGCUCCCAGCCUGGGGGCCGUCUGCCGCCGCGGAGCCUGACGCCGCCGCGGCGCGCAGAGCCGGGCGCGCUGCCCUCCUCGCUAGAUGGUGCGGCAGCCACCCGAGAGGAGGCACGCUCCGGGCUCGGCCGCCGACCGCGGGCAGCAGCGAGGGCCGCCGCCGGGGGCAGCGCUCGGCCGCCGCCGCCGCCGGCCUGAGGGGGAGCGCGGAGCGGGCGCGGGCGCGGAGCGGGCGCGGCAUGGACAUGAUGCUGCUGGUGCAGGGUGCUUGCUGCUCCAACCAGUGGCUGGCGGCGGUGCUCCUCAGCCUGUGCUGCCUGCUGCCCUCCUGCCUGCCCGGCGGGCAGAGCGCCGACUUCCCCGGGGCGGCUGUGGACCACCUGGUCGUCAGGAAGGGGGACACGGCGGUGCUUAGGUGUUACUUGGAAGAUGGAGCUUCAAAAGGUGCCUGGCUGAAUCGGUCGAGCAUUAUUUUUGCUGGAAGUGAUAAGUGGUCUGUAGAUCCUCGGGUUUCCAUUGCAACAGCAAACAGAAGAGAGUACAGCCUGCAGAUACAGGACGUAGACGUGACGGAUGAUGGUCCAUAUACGUGUUCUGUGCAAACCCAGCACACUCCUAGAACGAUGCAGGUGCACUUAACUGUACACGUUUCUCCGAAGAUAUUUCGCAUUUCAAAUGACCUCGUUGUGAACGAAGGCAGCAACAUUACUCUUGUGUGCUUGGCCACGGGGAAACCAGAGCCUUCCAUUUCUUGGAGACACAUCUCUCCGUCCGCGAAGCCCUUCGAAAGCGGGCAGUAUCUGGACAUCUACGGCAUUACCAGGGACCAGGCUGGCGAAUACGAGUGCAGCGCGGAAAACGACGUCUCCGUCCCAGACGUGAGAAAAGUGAAAGUCACAGUAAACUUUGCUCCCACAAUUCAGGAACUUAAGUCCAGUGGUGUGAUGCUUGGAGGGAAUGGCCUGAUAAGAUGUGAAGGUGCAGGCGUUCCUGCUCCGCUCUUUGAGUGGUACAAAGGAGAAAGGAAACUGAUCAAUGGUCAACAAGGAAUUACUAUUAAAAAUUAUAGCACGAGAUCACUUCUCACUGUUACCAAUGUGACAGAGGAGCACUUUGGCAACUACACGUGUGUCGCUGCCAACAAGCUAGGGACCACCAAUGCCAGCCUGCCGCUCAACCCUCCCAGCACUGCCCAGUACGGGAUCACAGGCGAUGCGGAGGUGGUGUUCUGCUGCUGGUCCCUCGUGUUGACACUGUCCUCUUGCACCAGCAUAUUCUACCUGAAGAACAUCAUUCUGCACUAAAUGUAAAGAACCAUAAAAGGCUUUUAAGGAUUCUCUGAACGUGCUGAUGACUGGCUCCAAUCUGGUAGAGUUUGUUAAAAGCAGCGUGGGAUAUAAUCAGCAGUGCUGACAUGGGGAUGAUCGCCUUCUGUAGAAUUGCUCAUUAUGUAAAUACUUUAAUUCUACUCCUUUUUUUGAUUAGCUGCAUUACCUUGUGAAGCAGUACACAUUGUCCUUUUUUAAGACGUGAAAGCUCUGAAAUUACUUUUAGAGGAUAUUAAUUGUGAUUUCAUGUUUGUAAUCUACAAGUUUUCAAAAGCAUUCAGUCAUGGUCUGCUAAGCUGCAGACUGUAGUUUACAAAAAAAAAAGAAUAUUGCAGUAAAAACGUGCUUCUUUAAGGCUGCAAUACAAAUAUUCAGUUCCCUUCUUAAAUAACAUUCUAUCCACAUUUACACAGAAACAUUUUUUCUUUUUUGAUUAAAAAAAUCAAAUAAUAUUGCCUUCGAAAUAUUUCUUCAGAAUAUUACACAUAUCUAGAUUUUCUUCUAGCAUGAUAUUCAGGUUUCAAGAAUGAGCCUUGUAUUAUAACUGCAUUGUGCAGUACUGCUUUUCUGUUUCCUUUCCUUUUUCCUGCAAAUUCAGCAUGGGUGUGCCUUUAUAAAAUAACUCCUUUUCUCCUCCUUUCCAACAAAUCUGGAAUGUGUUUUGGGAAAGGCUAAAGCAUCCUUUUGAGCAUAACUAAUCUCUAAUUGAGGACAAAAGUGCUAUUGGCUAAAAGAAUACCUCUUCUUCCAUCUCCAGUGGGUAAUGGCACUGCUUCAAGCUUAGCCUACAAUGUUGUAUAUUUAGGCAAUCGGUCAAGGAUAGCACCAAUGCCUUUUCAUUUUUUCCAUCUACUAGCACUAAUCAGUAGGUGAUCUCUGUAAAAACUAGUUUUCCCAUUACGAAAUAGAGCAUACAUUAUUUUCAGACACCAUGUGAAUGUAACAAUUUUUCCCUUAGUCAUUCUAAAUCAAAAUCCUUAAAUGGCUGUAUAUGUGAGAAGCUGCAUAGUCCCUUUUUUAUUAUUGGCCAAAAACUAUGUGAAUUGUACGUUUUGGCUAAUUUAGCAAUGAUAAAGGAUGCUUUUAAAUAUUAGAUAUCUGAAAAUACAUAAAGUAUCAAGCAGAUUUAUAUAUAUAUAUAUAUAAAAUACAUAUAUAUAUUAAAAUGAGGUUGCUCCAAUAACUGUACUUAAGUGCAUGUUACCAAUGAUGCAUCUUUACAGACAGAACUUCAUUACUGAUAUACUAAUACUGUGCGAAUAUCUUACUACAGCAGUUAACUUCUCUGUAACUCAGUGAAGGAACAAGUUUCAAAAUAGCAUAUAAUGUUGCUAAAUUUUUUUCUUUUUUAGAAACACAGCUCCAUACAGCAUUAAUACAACAUUUUGCUCACAAUUCACAGCUGAAUUUGAAAGUGUCGUCCAUGUGAAUUGCUGGGACCUGAUAUGUCCAACAGCCUUUCAAUACAGGAUCUCCCAUUGACCCCCCCAUAGAGGUUGACUUGCUUACAAAACAACUGUUGAAGACAAAAAUAAUAAAAAAUUAUCUACACUAUUAAUUUACUUUCCAUGCACCUGUUUUAUAUAUGAACUCCAGUAGGUGGUACAAUUACUAUAAAUAUAACACCUUUUCUCCUCAUAUUAAGUUUUUGUAGCUAGCAAUACCAGAUGAGUACUGUACAAGCUCAGCAGUUCCAAAUUCAGCUUACAAAUAUUCCAGUUUUUGAAAAUGCAAAUUCUGAAUUUCCUUAGUCUCAGUAUAUACUAUCCCAUGCUAAGAUGUAGACAGAUUAUGCAGUGAAUCUGUUGUCAUUACUAAUUAACUCAGAUGCAGGGUAUGAACUGAAAUAUGUUGACUCCAAAAUAUGGCAAUAAAAUGUCUUAAGUUACGCUACUUCUGUUCAGUGACAGAUUUUACAAUUUCUAUUAUAUUAUUUUCAGUUGUUGUGCUGAGCAAUUACUAUUUUCAAAAAUGUGGCAUUUUUUAAAACCUUGAAUAACAUGACAAAAUUCAUUCUUUCCAGAAAUCGUAUACAAACAGUUGAAAUUAUAUUAUAUACUGUCCUGAUAUUCUGCUCUCUCUUGUAUUGCAGCUUUAAAGUGCUAUAUUUUAGAAUCCAUUCAUUAGAAACAGCGGUGCUGCAGAAAAUACCAUGUCAGUACAGUUCUGUGAAGAAGGAAAAAAGAGUUAGGAUAUGCGUAACCCAACUCAUAUGCCUCUUCUCACACAAAAUUGAGAGCUGCUUCUAUACUGUGGCUGGAUAAAAUUAUGUAUUUUGAUAAAGAGUUUCAGUGAUUCCUGAUAUCGGGAAUGUGAGAAUUCCAGCAGCAGAAUAGAAUAAACAGCGGUUUUACUAAAUACAAAAAAACUGAAGUAUUGCCUGUUUGCAUUCUGGAUACCACUGGAAUAGCAUGGACAUUUGGGGACAUAAUUAUUGUCGAGUCUAAAAAGGAACAAAACAAAACAAAAAAACGUUUCUAGGUGCCAAUGGCAUUUUCGUAGACGAAAUAGGUAUUUAAAGACCAAUGAGAUCUGCGUGUUCAGCAGUGGAAAUGCGUGUGUGUGCGCGUGUGCAGGUUUUCAAGCUCAGCCCUACGCAUGCUGGGACCGCGCUCACCCGAGCGGGUGCCCUCAGGGUCUGUAGGGUUUGUCUCUUGAAGGCUGCUUAUGGAAAUUUGACCAUUUAACCCUCCAGUCCAACAAAGAGACACAGACAUGCUUAACUUUAUGCACUGAUUAAUUCAGAGGAUAGAGUACAUAAAGUUCAUCAACCUUGAUUUUUGCAGGAUUAGAGCUAUAGGCAAUAUUGACCAAAUAAAGAAACUUGGUUCUUUGGUUAAUCAGCUCCAUACGAUAAACUGGUAGUUGUGCAGUUUGGGAUCUAUUGGGAUGUUCUUCCAAAACGGACUGUGCAGACUGUUGCAAAUCGAAUACAAUAAUAUAUUAGAAAAUCUAUUCACCCUUUAAUUUCUGGGGUGUAUUUGCUUUAGGCAACUAUUUCAAGGUAUGUUCUGUGCUCCUCCAGAUCAUUAACCCAUACUGUUCAUAUCUGCUGAUCAAAUAUUAUUAUAUUUAUUCCUACCUUUAAAAUGUGAAAAAUAAAUGGAUGAGCUCCAAGCAGUAUAACUGAAUAUUGAUAUUAAGAUUGUUUCCCACAUUCGAAACCCUGAAGUCUGUAACACCGUAAGUUCCUACUUGUGCAAUAACUCAGGUCUACUAAUUACCAUCUCAUUGGUGACAUAUAUAGAAGUAAUGAUGCUCUAAUCAUACAGUUGCUGAUCAUGAUAUUAUACCAAUAGUGAAUUAAAGGAUGUCUCACAACUUCUUAAACAAAUGCAGUUUCUCAAGGGUUUAUAAUUUGGCAGGAAAUGUAUUCUUCAUAGCUAGACAGCUUUUUUUAAACUUUUCAAUAUAUAUAUUUUUUUUAGAAACUAUGCUGUUUUUAAGAUACAGGAGUGUUAAAAAACAUCACCAGUAAAAGCUGCUUUUUUGCACAUUUUCAGAGUUAGCAUUCUAGAAAAAUAAUGGUAAACAUUAUGCCUACCAAAAUCUCUGCUUAUUCCACAUAACUGUGUUAUAAAGAAUGUGUAUACCAAAAUAUGUAUUUACAUGGAUAAACAAUAUGCCUUAAAGUCUAAAUAUGCAUUUACUUCUAAGACUGGACCAUGCUUGUGUCCAGUCUGGAGGUAAAUAAUCCAUAUUUCAUAACCUGCCAUAGAAGGUUUUGUUUCUUUCCGGGAAAAAAAAAGAAAAAAGCAAGCAAAAAUGAUCAGUUUCUUUUAAAACAAUCUUAAAUAAUUUUAAAAUUCUUGCAUAAACUGACAUAUGUGAGGAAGUUUAGGAAAAGGAUAAAGUUUUAGCCUGACACUUUCUCUUUAGAAUUGGAAAUGAGUUGACUCAUUCUCGGCGAUUUGCACUGAGGAGCUGACACAGAGCUCGGUUUUGCCACCGAAAUCCUCGUUAUGGCUCUGAAGGGGAGACUGUACUGUGCCGUCCCCAUCCUUGUUGCAAAGGACCGUGUGUGUACAGUGGUUAACACAAAUCGACACGAGGGUGUUUGUGAGAAUUUUACUGAGGACCACUGUACGCUCAUUUAAAAUGCAGAUUGUCACCCUCUGCGAGGAUGCACCGCUCAGCUGGCCACAUCUCCCUUUCUAACCUGUCUUCCGUCUCCUCCAGGGAUGCAUUACCUCCACCUGCGUCCUGCUCGCCCUCUUCUCAGCCUCCUGUCCCAUAACUCUACCUGUCUCCCGCAGCUAGCUCUUGGCCUGAAGGCGGGUUUCAAAGCUGGACUGGGAGAGACCAGAGCCGCUUCCAGCAGCAGCAGUGGUGCCAGGGAGCGGGGAGAAGGACCAUUUGUGGCGGUAGGGAGAUAAGAGGUAGGACUAUACGGACCACGAGCAGGGGUCCCUGUUGACUUGCAGGCUCUGGAAGCGUGAAUACGUCCAGGGACAGGGGCAGCCAUCCCUGGGCCACUUCAGCCUUACUUAGCCAGUCAGUCUAUCUCAGCACUGCUGAAAAAAGCCAAUGCACCCAUAACCUUUCUGGCUGUACUGAAACAUGUAAUAAAAAAUUCUUCAAAACAAGAAAUUCUUAAAAAAAAUCUUAAAAAACAAGAAAUAAAAAUUCUUCAUUCAGUUUUAACAGACAGUAAAUAAAUAACUAUUUGCCCUGAAGGGAAGAAUUUACUUUCAGUUUGGCUGAACUUAAGUGUAUUCACUACCCCUGAAUCGAGGGUCUGAACGCACUGUGGUUGGGUUGGCUUUAGUUUUCAGUCCUGUUUUAUGCUUCUCCGUUGAGCAUUAAGGGAGAGAGAGGGAAUUUACUCUGCUUUCAGAAAAGUCCGUAACAUAACUGAAAAUAGCCAGUUUAACACAACUGCAGAAAAGGUCUCAGGAUAAUUUGGAAGGGAUUCUCAGUAAAACCUGCUCUGAAAAUUUGUAUCAGCAAGGGUGCGCAAGAUUUUUUUCCCUGCUCACCUUCAGCACUGAGGAAAUACAUUUUUUUUUCACGUAUCACUUUCUACCACCUUUCUGCCUAAUUUAUGAAGAGAUCAAAAGUUCCUUUACAUUGGAAAACUGUUGUGUUAAAAAUGUAGAGAUCAGCAUAUUCGUCACAUCCCAUAACUUAGUUUUUAGCCAUUUAUAUUUUAAAGGAUAUUAAGCUCUCCUUGGUAGGAUGUAAAUCUGUAUUGUAGGACAAGACGUGGGGCCAAAAUCCCAACCUUCUCUGGCUUAUUCAUUCCUUUCCCAGUCGCUCUGAGCUGCCAUGAGGCCAUCGAUGCAAUCAUCCGAGGACUCUGGUGUUAAAGGGAGUUGCCAAAUGAUGUAUAACGGCUAUUAGCAGCUCUGCUUCACCUACAUGCUGAUGUCUCAGUAACUCUUCGUUGCCAGACUUAUCCCUUAGGGUUUGCUCAAAUUUAUGCCAACAGCCAUCCCUGUGAUUGGAGAAAUGCAAAAGUGACCUUUUGCUUUGAUCCUGCUCUGAGCGUACUCGGGCAGAGCAGAGAACUUGGCUCUUCGGUGCGAUGAACUCUGAACUGAACUGCAAACAGUAAUGAAAAAUAGCACAGCUGAAAGUAAUUUUACUUGAAGUCACUUUCAUCAUCUCACAGUUCUUUACUCAUCCUCUAUGGCAACUGUAUAGCCAGGUAAACUUAAGCCUCCAUUAGCAGAAUAAAUUACAUUUCUGCAGCAAACCAGAAUUUAAAGAUAGGGAAAGGAGGAAAGGGGGGGAGGCGGUGGUUACUGCCACUAAAGCCACAUGAAUUUCCCCCCUUAUCUUUCACAUAUGAAAGUAUUUAUUAUCCCUCCAUACCUUUUUUAUGCUGCCAGCUAAAAAAAUGCCUGUAAUGAUGAUAUAUAUUGUAUUUAGUAUCCAGAGAGCUAAGAAGUCUGUUCUCCCCUAAUGCACAUCCAUCCUUCUCUUUAUUAUUCUUCAGCCAAAACUAAAACACAAUUCACACAUUACAUGAUGCAAUUUAUGUGCAAUAACAUCAGCUCUUCCACUUAUCAAACCCAUUAUAGUCAUAAGUACGUAACUCCCAUUAACCUCAAAGACAGUGACUUAAAUGUGAACCACAAGCAAGAAUAAACUUUAAAGAUGUCAUUUAAUGACAGCAGGCUUGUUUUCUACUCUGUGCCCAGUGGUGAGAUGGCAGGCUCCUUCCUUCCCCUCCCCUUUUUUCUUUUCUUAUGUGAAAGUAUGCUUUCCUCAUCUUCAGGGAGAUUAAUUUAGGUUCGAAGGUGUAGUCAUUUAGACGUGCUUAACAUUUUUGACGUAUCGCCUCAGGUAGUGAUACUUCAUCAGCUGAGUACCAAUGUGAGAGGUGAAGCAUCCCGGGAAGCUGCAGUCAGUUGGGCAGUCGGCUCCCACUUAAUGCUAAUGAGACAGUUUCUUGCAGAAAUUUCAGCUCUAUAGAAGCUAUGGGAGGUAGCACGGUUCAUUAGGCUAUGAAAGCUUUAAAAUGUUAAAGGAACUGGUUUUCCUCUCUCAUUUAAGUGAAUUGCUAAAAGCUCUGGGUUGUUCUUCCAUGGAACUUUGAAUUCACUAUUUUCUUCAUUAACUUUGACCUUUUUACAUUUAUUUUAAAAAAAAAGUUAACUUUAGAGAAAGCUACUGCAAAUUCAUUUCCCCCAAGCAUGUGGAAGUGUAUUUAAGAUCAGAGAGACUGAGAGUUUCAUGAAGGAAAGAAAUGGAUCGCAUUUGCCAAUAUAAUUUCUGUAUAAAAAGGAUUUUUUAAUGUGCCAAAAAUUAAGGAUCAUAAGUUCUAUGAAUCAUUUCUAAAUUACUUGUAACAAUAGGGUUGUGUAUAUCCUAUUUUGCCCACAUGUUCAUUAGUAGCAGAAAGGCAAACUGCAUUAUGCUGCUUCUGUGGUCUGACGUCCUCCUAAAACAUAACUGAUCGGUAAUCUGGAAAAAACCUCUGCUCAGCGGCUCUUCUGCACCUGCCCUUUAGAAACUGAUGCUUCUGAUGUUAAGCGGCUUUUGCUGGUGUCUGUCAAGAUUUCUCUGAUUGCUCUCAGUGAUGUGGAAAAUAAGCUAGUGAGCCAUCCACGUGGAGUUACGGGUCAUCCAAAGGAAAAGUACAGCAACGCGGGUGACACAGUUUUCUGUAAGUUUGGUUCCAAGAUAUUUGCAUAAAUCUUUUCAAAUAGCUAAUGAUGCAGACCUAUGCUUAAUCCGUUGGUAAGCAAAAAGCCUGAUUAAAGAAAAUAACAGUGACUUCACUAAAACCUCUUCUAAGUAUCCCUAAAAAAAACCAGUCUGUAUCAGCUAAGUAGGGUUUAGUUCUAAACUGAUAUUUAACUGUUAUUACAGGCAUUCAGGCUUUCGUAGUGAGUAAAGAAGGGUUCAAAUGGAAAUACAAACAACGUUGUGACAAUAAAAUAGACGUGAGCUAUUUUGCCACCUCCGGGAGGAGGAGGGUGCCUCUGUCAAAGUUAGCUUCUAACUUCUAAGAUGAACCUUAAAAAAGUGUCAGAUGAAUAGUCAGCUAAAAGGGAAAAGACUUGAUGUUAAGCUUUGUGAGUAGAGAGAUGAAAUUUUAAGCAAAGAGGUCGAGAUUAUAGCACUGUGGUUCCUUUGCAGUUAGCAGCAGAGAGCAACCUGUAGGCAGUUAUUCAGCAGCCGGUACCUUGGUGGAGCUGAAGGAUUUUGAAAAGAAAUACAGCACUGUGGCACGGUAUUUAUGUUCGACUUGUUGCCGUUGUAACUUCAAGGCAUGUAUCUGGGGAAAAGGAAACACCAUAUAGGUGUUUCUCUAACAGGAUUAUGGGGGUUGAUUUUUACUUAAAAGCAUCUGAAAGCUCUGUGUUGUUUAUCUGACUCAACAAAACUUUCUCCCCCAAGCUGGACACGUAAGCACGACUUCCUUGCAGCACGAGGUAUGGUGUUAAAAUCUUUUCAUCUGGGCAUAUGUUUAUAUAAUGCAACUAGUAGAAAUGUUUGAUUAUAGGUUUGCUUUCCCUGUUGGUGAAAUACUUAGUGGACAGGUACCUGAAUUUUUACAGCGUUCGUUUUUGGCAUGGCAGUUUUGAUAAGUGUUUUAGUCUUUAUUUCAGUGCAUUAAACAGCUUUUUGCAUAGGAACAUAACGUAAAAGAGUACAUUUUAAAAAUUAAUUUCUGAAGUUAAUCACCCAUAGUAACUUGGCUCCCAGGAAUGGCUGUGUUCCACCUCAGAUCUAACUUCAGCUCCUUGUGAAGUGAGAUUGUGGUGAUGCCAGUCAAGAGGCACUGAUGAGUACUUCUUUCACAAUAUUUUUCGCUGGAAGAUUUUAGAUAAGACACUUAGGUCUUCUGAAAAAAAUUCAGCUAAGGGCUUUGACCUUAUAUUUGAAUAUGGAAUUAACACUCCGGUAAAGGUUAAUGAACAGAAGAAGAGAGUAGAGAAUUUUGACCGAGAUACUUAGGAAAAGAAUUUAAACAUGUGAAGAUCACAGAGCAGAUUGGCUGCUCAGCACCUGCUCCUCCUCUGCCUUCCAGCUUUGAGGGGCUGAGUCUACUGGGAAAACAUGCACAGAAAACAGAAAAAGGAAGAGUAGGGUUAGCAUUUGGUGUAGAAAGCCACAGAUAUAAUUAUGCAUUAAGCUAUCAUUUCUGAUUAAUUAUGGAUCCUCUUCAGACAGAUACCUACAAUGCCUGCCUACUCUAUGCUUGGUCUUUAGUUGGUGGCAUCAGCCAAAUGAUAAAAUACUUCAGUCACAAUUUUGCCAUUUGUUCCUUCCUCAGGUAGCUCAUCACCAGGCUCCAUCGGUAGUUUCUGUGCAAUGGACAGAAAGGUGGAAAGAUUAAACUCCUUUCCAAACUGAGAAGGAAUUUUACUUGUGAUAGCAAAAGUGAAAGGCAGAUGUAUCACUUCAUUUUUCUAUUUAAUUUGGCUUUCUUAGUUAUACAACAGAAAUGCCCUGAAUUUUACUGCAGGUUUUGCAUUCUAUUGUCUUCAUUUUAUCCUCAGCUAAGACCUCUGUGAGAAGAAUACAGGAUUCUUCCUUUAAACUUUUAAAAUGUGUUUGUCUUUCUCUUGAACUGUGAUCUUAAAAAACUUUUUACUUCCUCAUUAAGUUGAUGGUUUUGAAAAGUAAUUAUUUGAGCAUAUGGUGAAAUGUGCAAUUAUUACUGCUAGGCUCUUCAUGCAAGAAUAUCCACUUUAACAUGGAUAUCUCUCAUAAGCACUGACAACGAGGAAUUCGGUCAUACUUCAAACAAGAAACAAACCUCCCCUCAAACUCUUAACUUCUGCUUCCUGACACUCAUGACACUAUUGUUUUAGAUGGUAAAUAAUACUGGGAUGAAGUCUUAAAAUGAAUGAAAAGGGUUAGUUGUCAUAGGCUAUUAAUUUAAUAAUUGCUUUAAAUUACUGUGUUCAUGGCGUAUCUUAUUAAAGGCAUUUAACUUACAUUUAAUGCUCAUACCAGUAGCAGAACCUGUGAGUUGUGAAAAUUACUUUAAUGUUCCCAUAAAUUAAAAAUAUUUUGCAGCUAAAUCCCUUCCUACCUGAGGCUUGGGCAGAAAAGCCUAUGCUGCGACGUACGCCCUGCUCACACGGCCCAGCCACUACCAUGGUACCAAAAACGACCUUCUGCACCACGUCAUUUUAAAGCAGGGCCCAGAACUGGGGCUUUCCUCUUUUUCAAUGGCUAUUUUCACUGUGCAAGAGCUAGUCAGUAAUAAUCCAGCUAGUUAAUACAUCGUCAGUAUAUUUGGAAGGGCUCAUAAGGAUGAAACAAGUGUAGGAAAAAAAAACAGUGAUUUGCAUUUGCUAGCGGUAGAGAGACAGCAUUUUAACAUAAAAGCCAAAUCUCAUGGUGGUAAUGAACCGGUUUUGUGUGUAAUUAUCAUUCUACUAUUCAAAAUAUUAUUAUUAAAGUAACUCCCAGCUCAAUUUUCAGUCCAGCUAUCAUACCCAAAUUUAAAAAAUUAUGAAGAUAUGUAUUUAUUCUAUAGUUGAGCACGUCUGCAUUGCUCUGUAUGAGUAAAAAUUGCUCUUUUUUUUACCUCGGCAUAUGUUACUGAGAUGACUUUUGAGAGGCUGUAAAGCUUGCCGCUGGCCCUGAACCGCUUGGGGUGGCUUUGCCCCCCGAGCAGCCCUAUCAAAUUCUGCACCGCGUGGGCUUUGCUAACAAGAGCAGGAUACACAGUUUUUUCCUACGAAACAAAAUCUCUCGGCACCCUGUGGCAGAACUUAGAUUUCAGUGUCUGUGACCUGGAGCCAAACAGCCACAAAUCCCUCAAACGAGGGCGGCUCAGCCUUCGGCACGGAGAGCCUCAGCCAUGAGAGCGGCUGGUAAGGAAGCGCGCUGCCUGUCUGCCCGGAGGGGCUGGGAUUGCUCCUGAAUUCGGCUCCUGCCACCCCACCUCUGUCACCCAGCGGGGAGGUUCCCUUUUUUCCAGGAUAUGUUGAUGCCCAUGGGGAAGUAAUAAUGUCUGAGUGUCAGGUCUGUGCUUUAGGGACAGGUCUUCUGCAUCAGUGCGAGCUGGAAAUAUAUCUCAGUAACUUGUGGGUUUAACUCCACACUCCUUGGCACUGCUGAGACCUCCCUUACCCUUUUCCAGGGAAGCAGCGCUGCUGCCGGACAGCCCGGGGCCCCCCUCUCCUGGGCUCAGCCGGGCACAGAGCGCGUCGCUCCUUGCAGUCCUGUUUUGUCUUGUCACCUCCUGCACGUCUAGCAGAAGGGGAGGGGGUGACUGCUGCCCAAGAUGCAGCAUCAGACUCGAAGACAAGAAUAAAUUCAAAUGCAAAGAGCAGAGCACUCCUACAGAUGUUCUUAAUUAAAGCAAUCUAACCCAACCCCCAUAUAUUCUGAAGUAAUAAUCCAAAAAACUGCCUUACUACUCCCAUAUGGUCUGAGUCACUGCUGCAGCGUACUACAGUAUUAUUAUUUUCACAAGAUUAAACCAUUUGCUAAAUAAUCCACCUGUUAAAUAAACACUCCCACUCUUCAAAUAUUGUUGUUUUGUUUUCCAGACUAUCUACAAUCUGGACUUAUUUCAGAUGAAAAAAAAAAAGAUAAACCCUGAAGAACAGAACUGUAUUUUGGCUAUUUGAAAGUAUCUAUCCUGUGUGCACAUCUGCUCCUUUGCAAGCUGACAGAGCUCUUACAUUAGAAGAAACUCAUAGUUACUUCUCCAGCUAGGCGCUAAUGAGUUUCCAUCAUCAGCCCACCACAAUCUUGGCACUUUUAACCUCCUCAGGACUUGAAUUAUUUCUUAUUCACCUGGCUUGACCUUCCAAUAGACGUGUCAUCUCAAAGGGACAAAUCCUGGUCCAGGCUUGUCUUAACAAACUUGACACGUGAGCAAGAACAGCAUUUGGCUCACAUUUCACUGUAUGAUCUCAUUAUCCAUGCUUUAAGCACUGAGUUCCCUGCCAUUAUCCCACUUCAGGUCUAUCUUGGGAAUAAACACCCUAUUGAACACAUCUAACGAACUUAGCCAUGCUUUGGAUCCCCCUUUCCAACCCAUCCUAGGAAACCCCUGGAAAACAUAGGGCUAGUUCUACAGAAUGCAAGUCUCCACACACAAAAAUAUAAAUAAAAUUUAAAAAAAACCUAACAGCUGUGUUAAAUAGCUAACACUGGCAUUUAACAGAUUAUAUUUUAUAUCAUUUCUCCAUUGUAGUAAAUAGGUUAGUUUGCCUCCCUGAGCUCUCUCAAAUUGUUGGGAAUCUCAGGGUACAGUUGGGUGAGAUCUAGCAACAAGCCUAGGUGAAGAGGUCCCUGCUCCUGGCCUCCCGUUUCUGCCCCUGGCCUCCAGUUUGCCACCCUCUCGCUCCUGGUGUUAUGCCAGUCACGGGGUCACAUAACAAGCCAGAGCACAGAGGUCAUUCAGGCUUAAAAACAAACGAACAAACAAACAAAAACAAGAAAACCCCAUCCCCUUCCGUAGACUCUUAGGCUUGAAAGCUGAAGAACAAGUUUUUCCAGACACUUUGCUAAUUCUUUCCACCAUCCUGGACAAGCCCUUAGCACUUUUCACACUGCGGAGAAUAAUGCUCUAGAGAUGUUUAGACCCAUGCCCUGGUAUCCAGCUUGACAUGCACGUUAGCACUAUAGAGCCGGAUCUGAAAGUCAGGGUGCAAACUCCUCAGGUGUAGUGUUUUUAGACUUAGGGCUGCAAUCGGGUACCAAAUGGCAAACAAAACAUUCCCUCCAAACAUUUCCCCAAAGUUUAUUAAGAAGUAUGUGUGGGCCACACGGAAUGCUUGAGAUCUACCGCUAAUACUAAAUACUGCUUACAGGGAGCCAUAUACAUCAUGUGUGUAUAUAGAUAUUUACCAGGGAUUUAAAAUGGUUUUAGCUGAUUUUGUGUCCUCAUAUCCAAAAAUAAUAUUUGUCACCAAGAAUUAUGCAGCACAAACAGGCUUGCAGAUCAGUUCUGACAUUCUUAUCCAUGCCAAGUUACACUUACACAUCAAGUCCAGUUGAACUUGGUGAGCCUGCUGCUAUAUGCUAUUAUAUUCUGUGAAAAAUAGUACAUGAUAUCUGACCCAAGGAAAUUUAACUGAUAAAAGCCAGGUAGGUGAUCAUCUAAGUGCAUAAAAUGUGUCCAUAAAGAUGCACCAGCAUUACGAGUUCAUAGAAAAUUGCAGGCAAAAAACCGCACAAAACUGCUUUUCAAAAUCAGCCCCAUUAUACCUCUUCCACAGAGAGCCUUUGCGAUAAUAAUCCUUCUGCUAUUUUGCAUGUUCACACAUAUUUUCUUGCUCUUUGACACUUAGCACCUAGCAACUUGGCUCAUUCACCUUUAGCUGAUAUUUUUCCCAUGCCUUUUGAAUAAGACAGCCUGCAAAAUCCUCUAUACAAGUCUCAUACUUGAUACUUAAAAAGAACCCCUUUUUCCCCAAGACUCAUUCUGUUUUCCUCCAGCUGCAGGCUUGCCUAUAUCUUUUAAACACUAAACCAUGUCAGUUUGUGAUUUUUUUCUAAGUGCUUUUAUGCAUCUUGACUCUAAUGGAGAUUCUUAGAAAAUUGCAAAAUGCCUGUAUUACUGAUUUCACUUUGAAUACAGCUCACAAAUUAAUGGUGUCUGUUAAUUAGGUAGCUAAAUCUGAAAAAAAAAAAGUAACGCUUCUCAUUUGAAGGUAUUCUGCGGUUGAAAACAUUAAAGAGGUGAGCCAGAUUUUAAUAACUGAGAGGCUUUAAUUAGAGCUGACAUAUGAACUGAGUAAGCCUACCGUGCCCAAUAUAGGGACAUUUAUAUAUAUAUAUAUUUUUUUUUUUUUUUUACAUAUAUACAUAUAAUAUAUGUGUUUGUAUAGGUAUGUAAGAAGGGUUGUUUUAACUAUAAUCUGGAAUUCUUACAUGAAUUAGCCUUAUGAAUGAGCAGAAACAAAUAUCAUCUUAACUGUGCAAGGAGAAUGCCGAUGCAGCCUCUGCUCCCAGGAAGCUCCCUGGAGAUCGCGCUGCAGCUUGCUAACUAGCUUGGGCUGCACAAUAGUGACCCGUUUGGCAUCAGAUCAGUAAACAAAAUGUGCAGGGAUAAUGUGUUUGUUCUUCACCCACAACGACUCUGAAUAACGCAGCUUCUAUCCAAUUUACUGCCCAGAUCUAUAUGUCUUUUGUAUUCUGUGGAGCCCUAAGUAAAUACGAGUGCUUCCUCAGUGUCAGACCUAAUUGAAAAAUGGUGGAAAGUCUGGAUUCAAUGCAGUUCAGGCAUGACUUGAUAGAUGAGAGUGAGUCAGAAGAUCCAAAACAGACUGCCAGCUUUUAAAAGACCAUGGUCUUUGAUAAUUAGCAGAGAGGAAAGACAAAUAUUUGACCUACCUGAGUAUAUGCUACUUUUUUUGAAAAUGUAAUGAUCCAUACAUCCACAGGAAAAAUGAGAAGAGACUUGUGUCACUUUAAGAUAGAGCCUUUCCUUUCUCUCUCCAUCUCAGUCCUUUCCAUAUAGGAAGUCUAAGAAUUGUUUCCAUCAAAGAAUAGAUUUUGAACACUAUAUGCCAGUCAGGAUAGCAUUAAAUAUUAAAGCAAGAUAUUAAAAUUUCAAAGAACCUAAAUUAAACCUAAGGUAUUCAAAAAUAAGUGUUCCUGAAUAUCUAACAUUAAAAAUUUCAUAAUUAACUUCAGAAAUUUCUCGCAUGAAGAUGAGGAGGAGGUGUCAGGGUGGUGUCACACGCAGGCUGUCGCGUGCAGGGCGGCAAGGUGGCCGGAGGAGGGCCCAGAGCCCGGAGCAGCCACUGUGCUGCCACGGUGGCCCCUGCCCUGGGCACAAGGUUGCCCUCUGGACUUGCCCAUCCUUCCUCAGGUGGCCGUGGGGCCGCCCCGGGCCAGCGUUGGCCCCAGCAAUGCAGCCAGGCGCCGUGAGCACGGGAGGGUCGCCGAGCCCGCGGGUGCGCUCGGGGCUACCAGCUCUGUCUCCUUACGCCUUCUCUGCGCCUGCCAUCAGCAACCAGUUACCUCCUCUAUUUCUUUUGGGUAAAAUACAUUGAGUUUCUUUCAUCUUCAGCUGUAAAACAACCUGCUUAGACUCUGGGACAUCUUUAUGGCUUCCUUUCCCAAUCUUAUCUCUGUCUUGUUCAAGUGUGGACACCACUGCAGUACUGCAGCUCUUCUCUCCCGAAUACGAUAGAGAGAAUUGCAUGCAGGACGAAAAACACCAGGGCUGGAACAGUUCACUGAAUUGAGGCUUACAAAGAGUGCUGAGAUAUUAUUUGUGGUUAUUUUAAUUUUGAGCAUUCUAUGAAAGAAGCCUAGAUUGAUUAGGAUAAGGAGGCUGGAAACAAAAUCAACCAAAACUAAGUUACGUUUGUAUAUUUCUGUAAACAGAUCUUCCUUCGAGUUACUCACAGAGACAGGUUGCCUACCCAGAGGCCACUAAAGAAGCCUCUAACUUUAGUGUCUCCCAAAAUCCUUUCAACUAGACUGGUCUCAGUUUCCCACCACCAUAAAGCUGUUUGCAAACUACCCACCCAUUAAUACUUAUUUGCUCCUGCCUGCAUAUAGAGAUUUGGGACAGAGGUCCAUAUGAGCACAGGAUCUGGCCCAAUAUUUCAGUGUAAUCAGAAAAAAAAAAAACAGCUAGUGUAACAAUUCCAAAGAGGAGGUCUGAGCUUGGGAAAGAAUUUUGUACUAAAAUGGUCUAAGAAGAUGUAACAAGUAACAAAAGAGAAAAGCAGCCCUCUUAAUUUAGCUAGAAAGUAAACACUGCAGAGAAAGCCUGCCUCUCCUCUUUAAGCAUCCCCUCUUUCCUCAGUUGUUUUCUCCUUCUGCCUCACCUCUUCCCAGACCGAUUGCCCCGGACGCGCGGCACAGCAGCGCUGGCGGCACAGGAGGGAGCCGGGGCCGGAGGCGGCUGCUGGGCGGGCUGCGGUCUCGCUGCCCGGGCUGUUGGUGCUCCCAGCCACUCGUUGGUGAGCCCGCCUAGACCAGGCUUCACUGCCCAGCUAAGUGCCAAACGAGGGCAUUUUUCCUCCCCCUGCCUGAGCUCCAAGCACUGUGAAAUAGCCCUUGUUAUAAUAAUAGGCUUUGUAGAUCUUUUAAGUGCUUUAUGAGCAUAGAAUAAUGUCUUAGUCUCACAUGCAUUUUUAUAAAUGUUUAUAAAUGGAAAGUUGCUACAAAUCAACAGUAUGCCAAAUGUUUAGCGCCCUCUGAGAAUUUGGAAAAUAGCAAAUAAGGCCAGUGAUUUAGAGCACUGCUUGUAGACAGCCAGAAGCCCUCUGGAUAGUAUCGCAAGUUGCCAGUUCAUAAGCUGCAUGCCUUAAGACUGCAACUAAGACUGAGCUGUUGCGCCUCUGUUCAAAACUGCAGAAUUGACAGUGCACUAUCAACAAUAGCAUUUGAGGAGCUUGCUGCCUGGUCUGUGAACGCUAUGUUCAUGCUGUGCUAUUUUGAACCACUACAUAGAAGUGCAAUCUUAGAAUUGAAGUCACUUACAUCUGUGCAAAGCAAACAGAGACCAGUGUAAAUAGAAUAAAAAAGGUUGGUACUUUCCUUCAAUCAAUGUGAACAGGCAUAAAUGACUUCACAAAGUAGAAUAUUGGUCUAUGAUAAUUGGCAGAAGAAAAGCUGCAGAUUCAGUGGUACAGACUGUAAUUUAGCAUUCAUAAUUUCUGUCUAAUCAAAGUAAACAUGCCAUUUAUAUGCGUACAUAAAAGUCACUGGAUUAAUGUGGUAAAGGGAAAGGAAGUCAUCAACUUUGUCAAUGGUGACACAAAAUAAUUACCAUCAUUCAGAAGUUAACACGUAUAACACUGAACAUCGCUAUAGCUGGAAGUCAUGUUUGAGUGAAAUGGCAACUUGGGUUGCAGCUCACAGGUAUCUGCGCAGGUGCCCUGCGGCCCCUGGAUGAGGUGAACAAACGCGUGUCCCAGCUCGUACCACCUUCGUGAAAGUGCCCUAAGGACAAGACUGUAACUUCAGGUCCCUCUCCCAGGCUUUCUCUGACAUGCCCGUUCUUGCCUCGCGGCUCCUACGUAGCUGCCUGAGCCCAGUCGAACGCGUGACGGGGAAUGUGUGGGGGUGCCAGGCGCAGUGAGAAGCGAGCAGUCCCUCUUGGCUGCCACUGCAUGCUAUACGUUACAGGCUGUUAUUUUUUAUUAUAUCUGUUAAUUUGCAGAACUCACUUUUAGAGCUUCGCUCAAUAACAUAAAAUAGAACUAACAACAUUUACUUUCAGCAAAAUGUCAGAUUAUGGAUGGAGGGGAAGAGAAGGGGUUUGAAGAGAUAAAACCAUAUACUGACGAAACAAUAAAAGAAAAAUCAAUCUUUAUGACAGAUGAGAGAGUGAGAUUUACAGUGUAAUCAGAAAGGCACAAAAAGAUGCAUGGUUUGUCAGGAAUGGUAUCUAGGCAGCAUUAUUCCAUAGAUGGAAACACAAUCGCGCUAGUAGGAUCUGUUUCCUUAUUUCUGAACAAAUCUUUAGCACAUUUUGUUGAUGUGGAGAGCUAAAAUGUACAGAUCUUAGUACUUCAUCUGUAUUGGUGCAGGUUGCCUUUCACUGAGCUCCUGAACUUCUCAAUCCUUCAGCUUUUUUGAUGUGAUCAGCGGGCACAGAACAAACACUCAGAAAAUUGUUCAAGAUAAGCAGCAGCCCCAGCGAAAGCUACCGCGUGAUGCAGCCUCCUCCUCCUGUGGUCUUACACACUCUGAGCAGCAACCAGAAUAAAAAUCAAGGCAGAUCUGCUCUAAAAAUGUGCUUCUGGCAGUCAAGUGAUUGUAUUAAUUUUUUUCAGUUUUAUAUAAUACCAUAUAUGUGAGCAAAAUGAUCAGUCAGCUAGAGUUAAUGCCAUGUAAAGCUUAAUAAAUACUGCAACCUAAACCAGUUUAGAUUGCUUGGCAAUAUUAAUCUAAAAAGGGAAAAUCACAUAGCAAGAGCCUUAGGUGAUUUAAAUCAUCCAGUUAUACUAGUGGAAAAAUAAACCCUUUCUUUUUUUUUGUAAAAUCCCUUCUGCUGUGUGAUGGCUAUCCUAGCCUUCAAAGUCAAUCCUGUCUCCUUUGCAGAUGACAAAUGAGAUGACAUCCACGUCUCACUGAAGUCUGUAAAAAUCUUGGCAUCAGGAUUUCAAUUCCCUCACUUUCAUGUUGCCAAGAGGGGAAUGGAGCUUCAUUCACAGCAGCCAAUUUCUAGUUCGAAACAGAGAUCGCAAACUGAGCACGAAAGAGCGAGCCUAGCAGAGAGCCCAACGCCUUCCUCUUGCAACCAGUGAGGCAAGGAGGUGGCUUCACUGGGAAUGAUGAUCCUGUGCUUAGUCCUGAAGCCAUCUCCCUUAUAUAUUCAAUGCCUACCCCUCUUUUUGCUAGUAUUUGUCCUGUUAAUUGUAGGUAUGUAGCUUAUUACCUUUUUUAAAAUUUUCUGAAUAUGAAAUGCUGCUUCUGGGGUUUUUUGUUUGCUUUCUUUGCUUUCAGAAUGUUCAUAAUCCUUUUGAAAUUUUAUUUAGCUGUGCUUGCAGACUUAGGUUAAAUGCAAUCUUUCUCAGAAUAGCCUUCCAGGCUACACAUUCGGUCUGUCCCGCCAAGGAGAGCCAGUCUUUUCUGUGGCAACGCACUGCCUUUUUGCACUCAGUGGAGAGGAUCUGCAGAGCAGUGUAAAGGUGAGACCACUGCCAACCCACAGAGCAGACAGAGAAAAUAAGGAUGCAUUAACAAUUUGGUACUGCUGACAGGUAUUGACACUGUCAGGAUUUUCCACUGUGGCUUUUUUGUGGGUUGAUUUUGCGACUGCAGAAGCUCAAAGUGACAGAACUUCUCUUGCAUAGCACCUAAGUUGUUCUUGUCAGCUUUACAUAAACAUGAAUUAGAUUGCUGAGGGAACAAACCAAAAUUCAUAAACAAAAUGUAAGGCAGAUAUGUACUUCCUCUAUAAAUCUAGAAGAUUUUCUCAAGUAUUUUAUUAGGCACAUUUAAAAUAAGAUGUAAAAAAGAAAUAAUGAACAUUUUAGAAGCAAAAUUCAAGCUACUUUUCAAGCUGUCUGGCUCAAAUACGGCAUUUACUGUCUGAAUAGCAGCUAACACAAUGGGAUCCUUGAUAUGACUGGCCUUCUGUCCUGUCUGUAUUACAUGCGUAAUAACAAACUGCAAAAGAAGUUUUCCACCAAAAAUAGUAUUACUGAACAUGAAAAUAUUUAAAUGCAUACCCACAAAUCUACUUUAGGUGAAAAAUUUUGAUACUGCUAAGUGAACCUGCAAAAGGGAGAGCUUCCUUUGAAAUUUGGGCUUCUUGUUUUUUAAAGUUCUCAUUACAACAUGAGAAGUCUGUUCUGUCUUCAUAGAUUUCAUUGCAGGGAAUAGCACUGUUAUUGUCCAAUUAGUGUGAAAAGAGAAGAUCAGCUGUAAAAACAGGUCAGUUAAAAAUUUACAAACUGUUCCACAACUCCAAAUAUGUUGUUUAACUAAUCACGUGCAAUGGGUAAUUCUAAUUGUCUCUGUGUAUCCGAAUCCAUAGCACUUCAUAAGCCUGAGCUUGGGAUGACAGAAUUUCAAAAAAAUCUGUUAUUGGCUUAUAUAAGUUAUUGUAGGAAAUGUAAUAAACUCUUUCUAUAAAGCAUUGUACAUCUUAACUAGACCACAGUAGGAGUGUAACAAAAGGGAUCUGAGACUUUUCAAAAUAUGAUUUCUAUUCUACAGCUCCCUGUCCACAUUAGGCCAGCUGAGUGUGAGCAAGCUAACGUCUCCACAGACCAAGCAUAACUCCACAAAAACACAAGCCGCCAAUUGCAAAAGUUGCUUCUAUUUACACUGAGAUGCAACUUUUAUUUACCUGAGAUGAAAAGCCAGUUCCAUGAGAUCAAGAGUGCAGAACAAGAGGCUAAAGGGAAGUGUAGCCUAUUUUACAAAGCAUCAAAGAAGGCUUAAAACAGCUGUUCUGCAUUUAACAGCACUGCAGUUUAAAGGCCUGGUAGCUUGUGAAAUUUCAGGAUUAGAUGCAAACCUAAUCUCGCUUUUCACGACCAGCACAGUGAAAAGGUAUCCUUUUCACAGCAGGGCUGUUGUGUUGGACCAUCCAGUUUUAAUAAGAAAAACCAAGAGGGCAGAGGGAAAUUCUGACUUCUAAAGGGGGAAAACUUGUCUCUAUCAAGUUUUAGUUGGUGUUUCAAAAUUAAUUGUUUUGACAGUUCUCAGAAGUUACUAAUAUGAGGAAGUGUUGGUGGGCACAGUAUGGGGAAAAUAAUCAGACUUUUCUGUUUAAUGCCAUGUACAAAGUUCCUCCAACAGAUAACAUGACUUUUGUUUACAACCGUGUGCUGUCAGUACAAUUCUAUAUUAGAUGGGCAGAUAAUUGAAGUCAAUAUAAAUUUUUAUGUUCUACUACAAAAAAAAUAUUUAAUAUGCUGAAUAAAUGCAGACUUUUUUUUUUAAGGAAUUAAGUUCAGUAAGUUUGUCCUAUCAUGUAACUAGCUAUAAAGGAUGCCUCUAGACAAAAAAGCUGCCACUUACAAUUUGUUUCGAAUGAGAUAGAUAAAAUUUUAUUCUAGUCUACCCUACUUCUUUAUAAUGAAUAAAAUUUAGACAUGUGAAUGAUAACCUAAUACUUUACCUGAAAUAUAAUAAUAGUAAAUUCUGAUGAAUUAAAACCAAUUUCUGUAGAAAUUGAAGUAGAAGCAGUGUACUGCUGAGAUAACUACAAAGCAUUACUGUUGUAACUUAGUAAAUCACAGGUGUUAGGUUCAGUCUGCACAACCGAUGGGCCUGUGGAAACAACUUCAUACUCAUAAAGCAGAGUUGCUUUUUAUUAACAUGAUACAAAAUGAAUUAUUCUUUUUCUGUAAAUGGUUAGGAAAAGUUUGAAAUGCUAUGGAUUUUCUGCUCUGUCUUCAGUAUAGGUAAUAAUUUGUGAGGGGUUAUGGUUUUGUUUUGUUUCCGUCUUUCAAUUUGCAUCAUUUUAAAUUGAAGGCAAGCAAGGUAGAAUGCCAGGUCCUGUUUGCGUCUGUAUUUCAUUGUGGGGAGGUAGGACAGAAGUGUUGCAGGGUUAUUUUCCUAAUGAUGUGAUAAAUGGUGAAUGAAUGGAGAAAUUAGUCCAGUCACAUACAUAUAGGCCAUAUUUUGAUCUGCAGCACUGGCUGGGAGGCAGUUCUGCAGUCCCAGGAGUGGCAGGAUUCAUAUGCAGCCUCCACAGCUUACUUUGUCUUUCCUUGGUGGCACAUAAAAUCUUGGCAUUUGGGCCCCAACAGCACUUGCCAGACCACCUUUGACCACGAUACUAAACAAUUCUUUAUGGCUUUUCUUUUUUGUUGUUCUGCCACCUAGGCUAAAUUCAGUCAGCUCAGGAUUUGUGGUAAAACCGAGAAGAUCAAGACUAGUAGCAAGAUCUACAAAGACAAGUUCAGACUCAGCCAGGAGAAAACAUGAUACAGUUAUCGUUUUUUUCCCAACAUCUCUUAAAAGAUCACAGGAACAGGUUUCAAAAGCAGGUCUUUAGGGAAUUUGCAGUCCUGCACCCAAGAGUUCUCUGGCAACAUCCAAUUAUAAAAUAAGGCAUACACAAGGUUUAAACAUAUAUAACAGUCUGCUGUAUACAUGUAGGUUUGCUUUACCUACAGUCACUAUCACCCAGUCAAUAAUUUAGAGUCGUUGAUGUACAGCACUGCAGAAGAGCAAGUUAAACCAGACAUGCAGCAGACUGUUGAUGUAAUCUUCUAGACCAUUCCCAGUUUGUCACCAGUGUCAUCACCACAUAAAUAGAUCUAGCUGCCUUGGCUUCAAUAUGAUGACAUAAAUUCAAUGAACAUGAACAAAAUAGCUAAUUCGUAUUGUACUAUGAAAAUGUACAGCAUUGCAUAUUGGAUAAAAGUGACUAUAAUACCAGCUACAUUAUUUACGUAUUAUGGAGAAUUACUUCAUCAUUCACACAGGUCUGCUUCAUGAUAGCAAUGAAUCAGUUGACUGAUAAAGGCAACAAUACUGAAGAAUUACAUGAUCUUUUGGCCUACUGACUCAGUCAAGAAAAUGACACAGAUUGGAAAACGUGUUGCACUCUCUCAGUGUUUCUCUCCACUUCACAUAAGCUUUGGUUAGUGUGUUCACUAUUGCCAUUUAUGACUAAAAAGAAUUAAGAAUAGAAAUCAGAGCAGAGCAAAGUCUUGAAGGCAUUAGGUUUAUGCGACAGUGCUGCAAGUUACAGAUGACUGAAUAGACUCUUUAAUUUUCCUAAGAUAGUUUCAAAACAAUGAGUUUGCCAUUUGCAAGUCAAGCCAUUUGUUUACCCUCCUCUCUUCUUCAUUCUCAGAUGGUGGGCAACUGCGGUUUUAUUUUGCACAAAGUUCUUUUGCUCGUAUUCAUCCAUAAUCAUCAACAAAAUAAUUUAAUAUAUGUAGGCGACUAUAAUGACAGUAAAUGCUGUGUAGGAGGGAUAAUAUAUGCUUCAUUGUCAAUGCUUGCAUGCUGAAUUAAGUACUCUAUUCUGGUCAAAUGCUAAUACAUUCUAUGAGCACUUUUCCAUAUACACACGUAUAAAACGUGGCAUAACAAAAAGGUGAUAGGAAUAAUAUAUUGAAAUAAUCUUAUAUGCAUGAGUUUAAAGAACCAGUGUUUUUCUGUAGCGUGUUGCUUGGCAUUGGCACUGAAAUGAUCUGCAUGAAAAUGCUAUUCAUGAUAGCUUCGCUUCCACCUUAAAUACAGUACACUAGUCAGGACAAAAGUAGCAUCAAAUCUGAACUGUAAGUGAUGUAUUCUUUUUUAAAUGAAAUUUGCUACAGCUCAUUGCUCUGCUGCCACUAAAAAUUAUAUAACAUCUUACACUUUGAUGAAAAAUUAGGUGAGGCAGAAAACCAGUAAAAAAUAAAUUUCUACAGAUCCUUCAAAUUUACAGAAGCUUAGACCUCAGCAGCACUUGUCUCUCAAGAAAGGUCUUAAAAACAAUGGCAACCCCUGAGCCUAACUGUAUUUUGUUUGUAUGUUGUUAUGCUGGUGUUCAGUAUUGGACCACGGGACAAAAUAGUCAUUGCAAUAAUCUGAUUCAUAUGGAAGACAAAACCCAUAGCACUUGUGAAUACUUCUUAUUUGAACCUUUUAUUGGCUUCAGCACCAGUAAUGAAGGGUCAAGCUAGAAAAAGGCUGUUAACUUCCAGUGGAAAUGGGAGCAUCAAGUGCCUUGUGGUUUCAACCUGGAAUAAUACUUCUGAUUGCUGAAGCAAUGCAGUAGAGAUGCAGUGGUCUCUACAAAUUAUAGGCAGACGUCAACUGUUUUGAAAGCAUUUACUAUUGUGAAGGGCUGUCCCCUUAUCAGAAUCUAGGGGUUAGGGGAAUAGCAGUGGAAUAGGUCAUUUCUCUUCAGUCAGCAGAAACAUGUGCAAUCAAGCACAGACACCAGGGACUGGACUGUCAAAGAAAUCAGAGUGCCCCAAACUGGCUGACUUUUCUUGGUAUGUGUUUGCCAUCUUCCUGAGACACAGGCUAAAGUUUACAAAGCAAGCAAACUUUGCAAAAAGCAAAAAAAUAAUAAUAAUAAAUGCAGAGUUCAAAAUAACACCACGAUGCUGCACAAUGGCAAAGGGAUAGUGCUGUCUUAAUUUAAUGGGCUGUCUGCUAACACUGUGUUCUCUCAAUAAAGGAUGUAUGUGCUGGCCUGCCAGAACAUGGUCUGAGGUGAGAGAAACACGGCUAGGCUUGGACUAGUGCUAGUGAAGAUCGGGUCAGACACGCUUCACACUUUUUUCUGUUUGCAGGAGUAGCAACAUGUGCCUUUUAUCCAUUACCAGCCCGCUGGCCAUAGCCCUCUUGCUUCAGGAAAUUGCUCAGCGUGCUGACACAUUGAGUGCCUUCAUGUUACCCAGCUGUCUUCAGUCUGGGCAAGCAUCAGCCUUUAGCGGUUUAGCUAGGACUGAAGGAAAACUUUAGCAGAGUUAAUGAUAGUUCUUUCAGUAUUAUCAUUUUCUAUCCAGUCAAAAGAAUGCUGAAUGCAGGACCGACAGUCAUACUAAACACGGCUCAGACCGAUCAGCUUUAUUAUUUAUUCAGUUCUUUUAGAUCAGUGGUUGUAAGAUAGAUUGCUUCUCAUUAUAGAUUCAGGCUUUUCAAUUAAAAUAUAUUAAUGCACUGAAUUGGGAGUAUAUGUAUUCCGUACAAUCAAAUUCAGUUCCACAUGAAAUAAAAUGUUAGCAGUGUUAGCUUGAUUCAGCCAAAUGUUUCUGUGGUUUCUAUACUGCACAGUCCCUUGCACCAUUGCACAUCUUAAUAGGAUACUGCAGUGCAGAACACGGGUGAAUGUGUUCCUUGAUUUUAAUAAGUAUUGCCUUGUCUUUGAUAGCUUGUAGCUAUUGAUUAUUCCUCUUCUCUGAUAUACUUUUGAUUUUUCUCUUCUAUUUUACAUUGCAGUAACUGGGAAACCUAGAGAUACAAUAUCAUAUCAAGUCCUGAGUAAAAACGCCCCAGGUACUAAUGCAUCUAGUUUAUAUUUUAAUUACUAUACUAAUAUGGUGGGGAUUUUAAAGAGCAGUAAACAGCAGUGCCCUGAAUAAUGUCUUGGUUCUGAGCCACCUGUUCUUUAUUCCACAAAUAUAUUUUCAUUAGUGAUCCUGAGCAAAAGGUUUAGCACAUUAUCAUAUGAUAAGGUAAUUUAAAAGAACGCAUCCUGCACCACAAAGGUUAGAAUUAAAAAGACAACAUGACAAUAACAUGUGAAUGAUACUACACAUAUUAGAGCUAAAACCGAUUAAGAAAACUGAAGCACUUCCAGACAAGUAAUGUAAUUGGGUUUUUAAGGCAACCUAUUAAAAAUUAUGAAUCAGUUCUGGCUUUGUGCACAGCCAUGAGCAGUGAAAUUGGAAUAAAUAAAAUAAUCUUGCUGCAUUAAUAUCUUGUUCUAAAAACAUAUCUAUAGAUACAUCCAAUAUGCUCAGUUGAUUGCUAGGUGAGGACCUUGACAUAAAAUCCAGAUUUUGUUUAAAAUCUUUCCCGGUCUAGAAAAAGAAAUGAGUCAAGAUAGAGAUUCUGAACCUAAAAACAUUAAGGGAAAGGAGAUCUUUUCUUUUCAUGAUUUAUUCCAGUAAGUAAUGGACUUACUGGACUGCCCAGGUGAAUAAAGGUCAUAAAGUCUAUCAGCAGGAUGAAGUUUAUUGCAGGGUGAAGUAUAUAUACCAAAUCAAGGUUUUCGUUCAUCUAAAAGAUACAGCAUAGUAAAACUUUUACUAAAAAUAUGUUAAAAAUAAAAUGGGUCAGUUAUUCAGGUAUAUCUGAGCUACAUUUGUUACAGCCGAGGUUGGCAAGUACCUGCUUUUUCCACUCCCAACCCAUUUGUUUUUCUUCCCCAUUACACAAGACCCGCUCAGGGCUCUCUCAUGCAUGCCCACUGAGAUAAAUCAAAGCAGCAGUUCAUAGAUGACUUAGAGUGACCCUUAAGUCACAGAGGUCAGUGGUGAGAAAUGGUGAGGUUUUCUCAGGAGCCUUACGCCGCAGGCAUUUCACUGCAAAGGGGAGAAGGUCCCAUUCACAGGAAGAGAGAACCUGUAUUUUGUGAAGCACCUGUGGGUCCCUAAUGCCUGACACAAGCACUCGCGGGGGACUGAGCUCUCCAACCCUAAGAAAUCUGUGACAGCUGAAAUUUGUUGCUAGCGCCUUUGGCAGGAAGAGUUGGAGGUGUCAAAGAAACUUGUAGUCUUAUUUUGAAGAGGGUAAUUAGAGCAACAGUAAGAAAUGGAGGUGCUGAUACUAUUGGAAAUACAACGGCAGUGUCAUGGAACACAUCUCUGAGGGGAUGAGGCUGUAAAUCAGAACUUUACACUAUAUGAAUUAGGUGAUGUUUACAGAAUGGAGAAAAUAAAGCUCCAUUUUUCUUCCUGCUCAUUUCAAGCAGCUCUCUCUCUGUAACACCAUGGAGAGCUAAAAUGGGCAUUAGCAAUCUAUGCCUUCAACAGCUGUCAAUGGAGCUGUUUUAUGCAAUACAAAGAUUUGGCUCGUUCGUUUAAAAACCAAAAAACAAAAUAAACUGAAAACCUCUCUCUGCAUAGGACCAGUUUUAAUGUGUUGAUGGAUUUCCAUAGAUCACAUGGCUAACGCCCAAAUAAUGACACCUCUGACUAUUUCAAGGGUGCUUACCCUUAAUUGUGAACUUUUGCUUUACUUACAGAGUAUGUCAAGCUUAAUUACAUGUUUUUCUAAUAUCUCUUUGUCAAUAAAAUGAACCAAAUGCAAAUCCACUAGACAUAAAAAUUAAUGUUUCACUAGUGAGAUUUGGAAAUGGAAAGCAACUACAGUGUAGAUUUGCAAAAUGUUUGGGGAUACUUUUUGAAUGAGGAACUGAGGUCCAUCAUAGUCCAUAGACGUAACUGGUCAUGGAAACCUAACAAAUAAUGUGAAUCAGAGAUGGCCUUGAAUUAUCUCAUUUGUUUCAGAACUAGCUCUCUUUUCAAUCUAAUGUCAAUACUUAAUGUUUGAACUUUGGUGGGCUGGUUUGCCAAUUAUCAUCAGUGUCUUUUGUGAAGCAACUUAUCUAUGCUUUUAAAGCACAAUUAUAAAGCUGUUUUAGCAGACAGGAUGUAUGCUACAUUUUUAUAUGCUGAAAAUAAGUACAUAAAAAUAUAAGACUUUUAUUGGUAGCAUAUUUUUAGGGAAGAGUAUAAAAUAUCCAUUAGAAAUCAUGUUAACAUCAUUGGUCAUUAUGACAAGAGGGAAAAGCUUUCCUAGAGAUUUGAUUUCUUUUUUUCUUCUUAAUGGGUACUACUCUUUUACCAUCAUCAGUAGACAAUGUUGUCUAUUAACAUUUACUCAAUAGUUAUCAUUUUUAUAUUUCCUCAUAACCAUAACAGUUCAAAUAAUGUUGCUCCAUUCUUCUGUCUUUCCUUUAAUAAAUAUGGAUUAUGAUCUACCAUCUAAGAAACCCCUGCUCUCACUGACAUUGCAAAAGCCACCUAAUUCAUAUACCAUAUUCAAGAAAAACUAUGUUUAAACAUGAUCAAAUAUGGCUUUAGAAAAUAGUUGUUUCUCAACUUUUCUUCAACAAAAAAUCCAGUAUUUUGAGGGCCCUCAUGUAGAUGGAUCCUCUGAUGUAUUUGUACAAUGUAGCCCCUCCCCAAGAAAAAUAUAUCCAUGCCUACAGUGGACUCAGCUGAACACGGUUUCUUCUAAGGACACAGCCACAAGACAAGAGAUAUAUAACAAGAGGCCCAAGCAUACCCAUUUAAUGCUUAGAUAUUCUAUAUAAUUUGCACCCCAUGUGCAGUGCAAAAUCAAUUACAGUGAAACACCAUAUUUAAAUAUGAUAUCAAUCCAACUGUGCUAUGACAGUUUGAUUUGACCUUUUAGAAGGGAAUCCAGUAGGAACCAGCCUAGACAUUUUCAAUUAAAACUGUAGUGGCAAAUUAGUGAAAGGGAUCUGAUUUAUAUUUAACUGAGAAAAAGAAAGAGCAGACUGGAUGAGUUCCAUUAGAGACAGACUAAAGCUCAUUUCUAGGACCAGAGGAUGACACUAUAAAGCCACUAUUACCCACUUAAUUCUUUUUUUUCUUAUAGAGCAGAUCUAAUACAUCAGAAUAUACUAUACUUUGUACUACACCCAGGGCCCAGAAUGUUGUCAUACCUUUUAACCUUAUUUGCAUAAAGGGUUAGGAUAUGAAGCCAAUAUUCAGAAAGCUAAUCUCUUAGUUUUUAAAAGCUUAAAAGAGCUUCACAGAUAAAGCCCAAUAUCUUUGCUUUCAAGCACUAGCUCUUAAUUACAUGGCUCUGAAAACAAGAUCAAAGUGAAUUUACAAGCAAAGUUACUUUCUGUUGUUGAUGUUGAUCUUUCAAAAAAUUAAGACAAUGGAUAAUGGAAUUGACAUAGGUUACAAAGCUGAAGCAUAUUUCAAGCCAUGUGCACAAGCUUCAUCAUUUAAAUACAUUCUCUUGAGGUGCAUUUAUGAUAAAUAAUUUGUUUAUCAUAACAAGUCUUAAAUUUUAAGCUAAUGGAUGAAUUUAUUAUAUAUGCUGACUUUGGUCUUCAGUCUCUUGAGUCCCAUACAUAUGUGGCCUUUGUUUUGGCACAUUCAAAACAUUUGACCUUUACACUGCAUGAGUUUGUUAUUUAAUUAUAAGAUGGUACAAGCUGGACUGCAAAAUGGAAUCACUCAGUAGUAAAACCUGCAUGCAAUGUCAUGUUGCACACUGUGAGAUUUGGCAAGUAUUACACAGUAGGACUCCUCUUGUAUUUGGAAAAUCACUCAGCUGAAUUACAGCUUUUGAUGGCAAAGCUACUUAAAGGCAAAUAAGGAGUAUUAAGGAGCAUGGAGGGAAAGCCUAGCAAUAUUCAUCAGUUCAGAACAUAAAGCUUCUAUGUCAACUGCUAACAGCUCAAGUAAAUGUUUGCAUAACAGUUCACUUACAUAAAUCAAAUUACUGCUAGACAAUUAUUUCUAUUUUGUAAUGUGAUGACUUCUCUGCAAAUAAUGAAAGAUGAAAGGACAGGUGGGAUUCAAUAUCCUCUCUGGUGACGCAUUUCUGCUGUGUCAGUGGACAGUAGCAAAACAAGCAGCAUUGCUAUUUUACUCUCUUAGGGAUAUAUGGAUUGUAGAUUACAGCUUUCACCAUGUGAUUACUUGCAGGCAAAAGAGAAGGGUUUUCUGGUGUUCAUAUUUGAUACACUGUUAGGACACUCCUUGGCAUACUGAAAGAGGAAGUCUUUAACUUUCCUAUUCAUGCACCUUAGGCUGUGAAAGUCCCAGGUGGAAGAACCUGAGUAAAUGCAAAUGAAAAUAGUGUUUCAUGGAUUGAGCCUUAAAAAAAAAAGAACACAUGGGAAAAAUUCAGUAUGGGGAAAGUUUGAGUCUCACCCCUUUGCUUUUAUGUGUGACCCACUUACAUAACGCUGCCUUUGAAAAUCUGUGGUGAGGGAGCCUUAUUACACAAAGUUGACACAUAAAAACAAAUGUUUUUAACAUUUAACAAAUUUUUUUGUUUGUUAGUUUUAAUAUUGCAAAUGUUAAAAAAAACCAUUUGCAGAAGACCAGUGUUCCCUUUAUUGCACAAAAAUAACGGUGAAACAUCAGUGUUAUUUAGCAAGUAUAAAACUGUCCUUUCAUAAAGAGUAUUUUUAAUGCAAUUGUCGGGUUUGACAUGUAUGACAUAAGAUCUAAUGACCCACAAUAACCAAAUGCUUUUAUUACAGCAAAUAGAAAAACAAAAAUGAGUGGAUUUAAUGAAAGUACAAAUCUCUUUAUCCUAAGACCAGAAGGAAGGAAGAUCCAACUUUGGGGAGUUUACAUAGGAAAUUAUGAACCACAUGGCAGAGUUGCCCUAGAAAGCACCAUCAUGUUUUCUUAGUACAGCUCUUCUUCUGUAGAUCUGUAUAUAAUGUACAUAGCCUCUGGAUUUUCUGUGAAAAAGCAGAUUUUGCCAUUGUUGUGUCAAUGAAGACUUCACCAUGACAGGUUGUGUCACCUUUCAGCUAGGAGGCUAGACAUGUGUUUUUGUGCAGCAAGGCUUUUUACCUGGCAGAAUAUUCCUGAUGCCCAGCUAAGUUACUUUGCAGAGCUGCUCUAUAAUGAUAUAUGCAUGUACAGAGGUGCUAUAUACAAUAGAUUUACAAUACACGCCACAUUCUGCUAUAGCUUCAGUUUUGCAGUCAUGUAACCUUAUUGGUUUAAAUGAAGUAAACCAAGCUGAGGGUAGUAUAACAGAAAGCAGAAUUAGGCCCUGUGUAUUAACUUAAGAAUUUCCAUAAUGCAUUCAUGGUAAAUACUGGACUUCCCUUCUCAUUUCCACUCUAAAGAAAGUGAGGUAGAACCAUUACAUACGAAUAUGUAAAUAAAAGAAAAAACAAACUAUGAACAGAGGUGUUUGAAUUUUAGACAUUUGCACAGUAAAAUAGACAAGUUAAUACUUACAAAAUGUGUUUCCUACAAUCAACCUUACUGAAUGAAAUACAUACUAGUAAUCCAAAGAAAGGAAACAUGCACUGCAUGUUCAUAUACUCAGACACAAAAAAUGAAUAUAAAAAACUUCAGAUAUAACUAUAUGUAUAAAAGAUAUUCCAUACACAUACCUUAAACAUAAAAAAAAAUAUCAUUUUUAUAUUGUGCUCAAAAGAUUACACUUAAUUUAGAUUAGGCAAAUUUGUUCUGAUUAUAUUAAUGAUUAGACAGAAUAAAAAUCAGUCAUGACAACCUCUUUUUUAAUGAAUUUCAGAAUUUUAAAAUAUUAAAAAGGAGGUAUUUGCAGAUAUCAGCAAAUAAUGCUGUAUUUUAUUCCAGACCAAAUAAAGUAGCAUAUUGAUAAAAGAAAAGCCAACUUCUGCCCUUAUUUGUGCAUGGGCAGCUUUUUUACAAAUAAAUUGUUGCCUAAAUUGUGUAAUAAAUAUAAGAAUAAUACUCUCUGAGUACAACUUAGAAGUGUUCCUAUAUAGUGUGCCACUCACAUAAUUUCAGAAGCAGAUUUCACAUUAUGGAUGAUACCCAUCACAUCUUUCUCUAUCUUCUGCUGAUGAAAUUUCUGCUUUGAGUUCGAUGCACAGUAUCUGUGUCAAAAGAUCAGAUAUUGUAUUUGUUUGUUUUCUAGCAGCUUGCUUAGAGCUGAUAACAGUAUAAGCCAAGUGAAUCCAAGGAAAAAUACUUCUUUACAGUACACUGGUCACCCUUGCACCAUUGCAAAAAAUGUUCCCCUUACAAGUGUGAACCCAACUGCAUCAAAUUCUGCUUAAAUAUCAUCAAUCAGCAGCACAGAAAGCACUUUCCUAAAGCUCCUAUAGGGAUGGAUUGAAUGAAACCAGACAGUGUAUAUUGGCUAAAGCAGCAACCAGGUCAGUGCAUUUUUCAAAUACCAAAUCCAACACUAAAAUCACAUUCCCAUUGUGUACGCACAUCCCUUAGUCUGACAAAUUCACCAUGUCAAUCCUUGAUUACAAUAAGGAUUUCAUUUUAAAGCAGUAUUGCAGCAUUAUGGUGUGAAACCAUAUAUAAUAUAAAAACACCGCAGGCUGCAUUUCCUCUGUCUGAAUGACCAUUAGCCACAGAGAAGAUAAAGCCAUUAUAAUACAGUAAACAGAUCACUUGUAUAAUGAGAGAUGAUUGAAUUACUUUUCCCUAUGUUCAUACUCCUUCUGUUAAGGAUUGUAUUUUAUUCCAGAAUCAGGUUGUGGACUGUACAUUGUGUUACAAUUAGAAAAUAAUACUAAUAUAUAUAUAUAUUUCUCUUUUUUAUUCAUUUCUAAAUAAAUCAUCUCAAGAUAACAGUGAUAUGGUGGGAAAUUUAGUUUUUAAAAAGUGGUUUACAGUAACUACAUUAAACGGAUGCCUUAUUUAUGAGGAUUGAAGGAUUUUUUUGAAGAGAAACAAUCCCCUACUCCAAAGGUAACUGAAAAAAUCUUAGCAGGGGAUAUUCUCCCUGGAGAUGAGCUAAGGUGGGAAGGGUGUUUCUGUGUAAAGCCAGCCUGACAGCAAGAUGGUAACAACCUGUGCAAAAUGAGAAGCUGAUGUCUGAAAGGCGCCUUGAGAUAUCGAGCUUGGGUUAAUGUUUACUGGAACCUAGACCUAGCCUGACUCCUCUGAAACCUCAGGCACACUAGGAUGGGCCCAAGCCUGGGAAUUACUCAGCACCUCCAAGUCCCUGUUUUACUUCCAUAGGAGUUGUGGGGGCUCAGCAUCCACAAGGUUGCUCUUGGGAAGUGGCGGUUCCUUUCAGGAGGGAUUCAAGCAAAGAAAUAACAGUAUAUAAACAAUGCUACAGUACAUAUUGUAUCUGUCUCAGUAAUCAGGCAGAUCUUACUAUUUGCAAUUAAAAAAAAAAGCCUCUAAAAAAAAAAAAAAGGACAUUUUCCACUCGGUAACUUCCUUGUAACCUUACUACUGUACAAUGCAUAGGAAGAAAAUCACUCUUCCAUAACUCGUCAGAAAAAAGUAUACCUAAGUUAACAACAGAACUUCUCCCAAGAUUAAAAUACAGCGAAAAUUUUUUCCAUUUUUUUUAAAUUAGUUUAACCUGAAGUUAACGGAGUGUCUAAUUCUUUCCAAAUCUCAGUAACAGCCUGUAGGGAUCAGUGUAUUUAUUUCCUGCAUCUGUUCUCCAAAUUAAAUCAGAAAAUGUUUAUAAAAGAAUGGUUCUCAGUAGUCCCUGGGGAAGCUCUUAUGGAAACGUUACAUUAUAGAGAUGCUUGCUGCUAGUGAUCUUUGUAUUGCAGCAUGGUUGGAAUCUUUCUUCAUGGAACUUUUUUUUUUUUUUCCUCCUUUUGUAUUGUACUAAUUGUAAGGGAAAUAUAACACCACUGCAGGGUUAAAAUCUGGCUCCACUGAAGUCAAUGGCAAGACUUCCAUUUAUUUCAAUGGAUCAAAGAUUUCAUUUUAGAUCUUUAUUGUGCUGUCAGAAUACUGAGCAGACUGUGUGUCUCCAAGGUACACAGAGUAUCAGAUGAUCAGCCUUGGCGUUAUAUUGCAAAAUUAUUUGCAUUUGCUCUAGUAUUAAGAACAUUGAGGAUUUUUUAAUUGCACAUAUGAACACAAUGGAAGAGUCAGUGUGCCAUUAAUACAAAGUUGAUGUUUAACACUUACUAUAAAGUACCGUGUGGAACUAUGAUCAAAUCUGACAAGUCCAAACUUUAAACCAUGUACAGCAUUUUAUGAUGCAUGUAGUAUUUUUAGUAGCAACAGACUAUGACAUUUGAGGGCUGCAGCCUAGUAGGAUAUACCAGUGUUUCUCGCUUCUAUGUAAUAUUUUGUAUGGGUUUAGAGAAGAUGGCCUCUGUUGUGCAUUGUUUGUGAAAUGUUUCUUAUCCCAGAGAGGUGUAUGAUGUAAAAUACGUCAGUGAAAAGUGUAUAUUUUAUGUGAGAGGAAAAUACAUUUUAAUAAAGGUAAAGCUUUGUUAGCUGUAAAAAUGGCAACUGUUCAAGUGUACAGUAACUUCUUACUAAUGUAUGAAAAUCUGUGAUAUUUUUGAUUUGAUUGUAUUUGUAUUGCCCAAAUAAAACAUUUUGGCUGUAUUGUUCCUAA